ACACACACACAGAAUCUGCCUCAAUUAUUUAAGCAGUCUCUCUCUUUUUCACUAUCUCGGAAAUAACUAUUAAAUUCCUGUCUCUAAUUUACUUGACUGCUGAAUACAUCGAAACAUUCUUAUGACUAGGCUGUUAGGGAGGAAGCAGCAGCACCACGUGUGAGUGAGGAGGUGCUUCGUGUGUCAGGAUGGCAUCUGGUGAAAAAAUCACACUGUCAGAUGCACUGCAAAAUGUCGACGUGUUGGACGAAUUGCAGCUACCCGACCAGCAGCCUUGCAUUGAGGCACAGUCCCUUUCCUUGCACUACCAGGCAAACUUUGAUACAAACUUUGAGGACAGAAAUGCUUAUGUAUCCGGUGUGGCAAAAUACAAGGAAGAAGCCGCUGUACAUGCCGAUUUGAAUCAACUUUUAGAAGAAGGUCAAACUUAUGCUGUGAUGUUAUACACAUGGAGAUGUUGUUCACGAGCUCUUCCACAGGUAAAAAGCAAUGAACAGCCCAACAGAGUUGAAAUCUACACAACCAUCGUUGAAGUGCUGGAGCCACAUGUCUCCAGUCUGAUGCGUUUUAUGUACUUCCAGAAACGCGCCAUCGAACGGUUCUGUAAAGAAGUCAAGGAGCUGAAACGAAAUGAUUUUGUCUCAGAAGCCUAUCUUCUCACUCUGGGCAAGUUCAUCAAUAUGUUUGCUGAACUGGAUGAGCUAAAAAACAUGAAAUCCAGUGUCAAAAAUGACUAUUCAGCAUAUAAAAGAGCUGCUCAGUUUUUAAAAGUGACCUAUGAACCAUUAGCGCAACAGGAAUCGCAGAAUCUUUCUAUGUUUUUGGCGACUCAAAAUCGCAUUCGAACUACUUUAAAGAAUGAGCUGAUAAAUAUUGAAGGCUACGAGAAUCUUCUAUCAGAUAUUGUCAACAUCUGCUUGAACAUGUAUGAGAACACUAUGUAUCUAACACCCAGUGAGAAGUAUAUGUUAGUCAAAGUUAUGGCUUUUGGUCUAUUCUUAAUCGACUCCAAAGACAUCAGUAUAUACAAGAUGGAUGCUAAGAAGAAAAUUAACAUCAGCAAGAUUGACAGAAUUCUUAAGCAAUUGGAAGUCGUUCCCCUUUAUGGAGAUAUGCAAAUAGCUCCGUAUCGGUAUAUCCAAAAUGGGGCCAACUUUGACCCUUCCAAGUGGCCGUGCUGUGAAUCCAACCAACCAAGUCCUCAAUCUGACUUGCUCAUGAAUCUGGAAGCAGUCCGCGAAGACCAUAUGAUGUACAUCAGUCAAUUAGCCCGCCAUACAAAUGAGGCAAUUACAACUACAAGAGAGAAUUUCCGUUCAGAUGUCGAAAAUAAAGAACUAAGUGAUUUGGCUUUGAAAGGUUUACGUCUCUUGUCAGCCUGGACACAGCUUGUUAUGGAAUUGUAUUCCUGGAAGUUGCUUCACCCAACUGAUCCUCAUCAAAGUCCAAGCUGUCCACCUGAUGCUGAAGAAUAUGAAAGAUCAACUCGGUAUAACUACAGUAGCAAUGAGAAGUUUGCCCUCAUUGAAGUGAUCGCUAUGAUAAAAGGUCUCCAGUUACUUAUGUCUCGUAUGGAGUCUGUCUUUAUGGAUGCCAUCCGCAGACACAUAUUUGCCGAACUUCAAGAUUUUGUGCAGCUUCGGCUGCGAGACAUUCUCCGCAAGGCUGUUAAGAAAAAAAGUGAUGUCAUUAAGAUGAUCAUCAUGUCUGUGAGAGACACAUGUGCAGAUUGGUUAAAGGGCAAGGAACCUCAGGAUGACCCAGCGCUUCGGGGUAAAAAAGACCCUGAGAGUGGAUUUGAAAUAAAAAUACCUCGUCGGAACGUGGCCCCAUCAAGUACCCAGCUGUACAUGGUACGCACCAUGUUGGAGUCGUUGAUUGCAGAAAAAAGUGGUGGUAAAAGAACAUUGCGAAAAGAUAUAGAUUACCACCAUUUAAUGAACAUCGAUAACUUCCACAAGGCCUCCUUUUUCUGGACAUACCAAAUUAAUUUCAAUGAAUCUUUGCAAAAUUGCUGUGAUUUGUCACAGAUGUGGUAUCGAGAAUUCUUCCUUGAAAUGACGAUGGGAAAACGUAUUCAGUUUCCCAUUGAGAUGUCCAUGCCAUGGGUGCUUACGGAUCAUAUUUUAGAGACAAAGGAAGCUUCCAUGAUGGAAUAUGUUCUCUACCCUCUUGAUCUCUACAAUGAUUGUGCACAUUAUGCACUCACCAAGUUCAGGAAGCAAUUUCUCUAUGAUGAAAUCGAAGCUGAGGUGAAUUUAUGUUUUGAUCAAUUUGUAUACAAACUUACUGAUCAAAUAUUCGCUUACUAUAAGCAUUUAGCUGGAAGUAUUAUGUUGGACAAACGUUUCCGAACAGAAUGCGCUAGUGUGGGGGCAAAAAUUUCUUUCCCUGUAGCCAAUCGCUAUACGACUCUACUAAAACAAAGACAUGUACAGAUUCUUGGCAGAUCAAUAGAUUUGAAUCAUCUCAUUGGACAGAGGAUCAAUGCAUCACUACAAAAGUCCCUUGAUAUAGCUAUUUCUAGGUUUGAAGCUGGUGAUCUUACUGGCUGUGUGGAACUGGAAGGGUUGAUUGAAUGCAACAAGCUGGUUCAUAAGCUUCUACGACAAUAUCUAACAAUGAACGAUUUUGAUGCAAUGUUCCGUGAGGCUAAUCACAAUGUUUCUGCACCUUACGGUCGCAUCACGCUACAUGUCUUUUGGGAACUCUACUAUGAUUUCUUGCCAAAUUACUGCUAUAACGCAGCCACCAACAGAUUUGUGAAAACCAGGUUACCAUUUGUUAAUCAGAACCCCAGAGAUAAGAACCCAAAUCCUUCUUAUCAUUAUGUCUGGGGUACCAAGGCUCUGAACACUUCGUACAGUGCCAUAUUCAAUCUGUACAAUGGUUUCAUUGGUGCUGCUCACUUCCGUUCCAUCUGCCGUCUACUUGGUUAUCAAGGCAUUGCUGUUGUAAUAGAGGAGCUGUUGAAGAUUGUUCGUAACUUGCUGAAAGGUACUACGAUGGAUUACAUCAAGACACUGAUGAAAGUGAUGCCAAACGUUUGCAAGCUCCUUCGGUACGACUAUGGCUCUCCUGGUGUCAUGGCUUACUACCAAGCACAGCUAAACGACAUGAUUCAAUACCCUGAUCUGAAAACUGAAGUUUUCCAGAGCUUUCGUGAAGUGGGGAAUGCAAUUCUGUUCUGCAUGUUGGUGGAGCAAUCAUUAACCCAGGAAGAAGUGUGUGACUUAAAGCAUGCAGCACCAUUCCAGAAUGUUAUUCCAAAGCCAUAUAUACCAAUCAAAGAGGGAGACAGCCGCAAAGAAAAGGAACAGGAGCUGAAGCUUCUAAUGAAACGUCUUGAAGCUAAAUAUUCCUCCCUGCAAGUGGUUAAUGUUGUGAUGAAACUGGGCAAUCAAAAGCAAGUAGAAAUUGCCACAGAAGGAGACCUGCUGACCAGGGAACGUCUCUGCUGUGGCUUGUCUAUGUUUGAAAUUGUCUUGUCUCGUAUUAAGUCGUUUCUCGAUGAUGAGAUCUGGCAUGGGGCACCACCCUCCAAUGGUGUCAUGAAUAUUGAUGAGUGUACAGAGUUUCACCGACUUUGGAGCGCCAUACAGUUUGUCUUCUGCAUUCCUGUUGGCGAGAAUGAAUUUACUGUUGAAGAGUUAUAUGGUGAAGGUCUGAACUGGGCCGGUUGUGCAUUGAUAGUUUUACUGGGACAGCAACGGCGUUUUGAAGCUCUUGACUUCUGCUACCAUAUACUCAAGGUGAAUAGAGUCGAUAUGAAGGACGACAACGUUAAAGGAAUCAUGUUAAAGAAAAUGGUAGACCGUAUCCGGAAGUUUCAGAUCUUAAACAAUCAGAUAUUCGCCGUGUUGAACAAAUACCUGAAGUCAAGCGAUGCUGACAACACACCCGUUGAACAUGUCCGAUGCUACCAACCUCCAAUUCACCAAUCAUUAGCCACCACUAUUUAAAGCGGCUUUCAGUGGUGGACCAAUGCAGGCGAGUUUAGACAUGGCCAUCGCCUUCAGCAAUCUCUUCAAAUCUCUUAACACUUACAGCCAGUUUUCUCUUGCUUUUUAUUUCCCCUCUAAACUCUCUUCUUUCUUUCUUCCUUAUUCUCUCCCUCUCUCUCUCUCUCUUUCCUCCUCAUUUACCGUAUUUCUGUUGCAGGAAGCUUCAGCGCCCUGCUCGUGCACGUGAUUGCCAUAGCCCUGCUUCCACCUCCACCUGGCGAUGAGGUCCACUGCUUGACACUUGAUGCUAUCCAGUCAGGCCUCGGCCUGCGUCUGUAUGUUGUCUCUUUUGGUGUCUCUGCUGUCAAUGCUACAUGUGUCAGUGCAGGGCACUCCAGCAGGAUCUCAUACACCAGCAGCUGGAGGUUACAAGGAAACAGAUAGAAAUUUCAUAAUUUGCCACUAAUUAACUGGUGGAAACGAUUGUGAUGAUGGUGGUCGCUAUGGUGAUAGAGGAUCACCUUGAUAGCUCGGAGGACAGCAGUCGUUUUCAAUGACUUCUUCCAUCAAGCCAUCUUCCAAUUGAGUCUUUAAUUCUCUUUCUUCUAAAUUAUCUCUCUCUUCCUCCAUCUCUAUCUCUCUUUAUCUCUCUCUCUCCCCCUCCCCUCUCAUGUUCUCAAUGAUGAAAUCUGGCUCGUUAACAAGAGAAAAGUGAAAAGAAGUUAAACAAAGAAACCAAACUAACAUUGGAGGAAAUAAAUGUUAGUAAAAGUAUUUAAAAAAAGAAGUAAAACAUUAAAUGAAACAAGAGUAAAAAAAAAGAAUUUAAUGACAAGGGAAUGUCUGCUCCUAGUCUGUAGACAAGCAUUCUGAUAAUGUUUUAAUUACUAUAACCUGCCCUCUGCCACAGUCUCUCGAUGUACACACACAUAUAUACACUUAAUUUCACCUUCUAAUGCUAAUUGUUCCUCUAACUCUCAGAAUAAACCACGAAUCUAGCAGUUUUCCCCACUGAACAUUGUCUGCUGAAAUCUGGAUAUUAGACGAAAGAAAACGAUCUCUCUUCUUAUACCACCUCUGUGUGUGUGUGUGUGUGUGUGUAUGUUGGCAUGUGUGUGUGUGUGAUUGUAUAUGUUGGCGUGUGUGUGUGUGUUUUGGUGUAUGACAGCGUGUGUUCAUGCAUGAUUGACUUCAAUUCAUGAGCAGCAUAUAUAGCCGUAACUGCCCGUGAUUUGUGUGCGUGUGACACAACUGUCUUCACAUCUUUACAUAAAUGGGUGUGGCUGUGCAGCUGUCCUCACUUACCUGUUUGGGUGGCUUCACUACUCCCCCCCCCCCACACAAACACACAAUGUGUGUUUAUAGCUUCCCGCAUUUACCCAACCCUAUGUGCAGAUGGGUAAAUGCAUGUGUGUGUGUGCAUCUACUGCACAUAAAUCUCUGCAUUUAUAUGUCCACACUUACAUUGCUGUUUUGUGCGCCUGCUUGCACAGAGCCAUGUUGGCUGCUGGGGCAACGACCCACACUCGUUAACCUGUGAAUUAAAGCUGCUCUUAGAUCUCCGUGGUUUCAGCUUACACUUUCCUCUAUUUGUGGAUUCAGCUACUCACACUCACCUGCCUGAGUUCUGUUGUCCACAUUUUACCCAUGUUUGUGAGGGAACAGUAAACGAUAUGCCAUAAAUGGUGUGUAGUUCUCCCCUCUCCCAGUGGCGGUGGUGGUCGUCGUGGUUGGAAGUCAGGGUAUUCUCAAACAAUUAGUCUACCUUCUCAAUACUACAAUGCCCUAUAUUUGUUAUUCAUUUACCCGUAUUAUACAAUUAGUGUGCAGUUUUGUUUUGGGUUUGAAAACUAAAGUUUCUUUUUGCCUCCCACACAACCUUCGACACUUGCUGAAACCUGAGUUACGAUUGUAACCAGUUCCUUCCUUGCAAAAACAAAAAAAACCUACCCUGUCUUACUGAAUACCUUCAUGCUUAGCAAUUCUUUUGUCUGUGUCUGCAGAUGUUGCUAGAGCAGUUGGAAGCCGGGUUAAGAUUUAUCCAUCACUCCACUAUUCUACUCUUCCUCCUCCUCAGCUUGGCUCGCAAACCAAGUUGUCUGCCCUCCUUUCGCCCAUACAUGCACACGCUGUAGUUGUUUGUGUCGUUGUAAUACAGUGGUUGUAUCCCUCUACAUUUGUAGACUUGUGCUAUUGAAAAUUGCACGAGAAAAUAUUUACAGGCUUCUAGGGAAAAUGAAAUGUUGAUCGUGGUGUGCUGUCAAAGUAAUAAGAGUGAGUGGUAGACCACCUGACGUGUAAUUCACAAUCCAAAGCUAAUGAUUUAGUAAAAAUGAAUGAGUUUCUUUAAAAGACAAUAGUUAAGUAGAAGUACCAAACAUGACUUGGGAAUGGUGUCAUUGGGAAGAAUAUGGAAAAAAACAUUUGAUAAAGUGAUUGACUUAACAUGAAAGAUCUGACUUUUUUGCUUUGUUUCUUGUGUGUAAAUAUUUGACACUGGAAUACUAAAGUCAUUUCAGUUGACUAAUCCAGCCGUCAAAAUGUCUGGCCUUGAGUCCAUUGUUAGAAAUGCAGAAAUUAGUAGACAUUGUCUUCAAGAAAGAGAAGCUAUUGUGAUGGCGAUUACUGGAGUGUCUUGAGACAAAGGUUAACGAUCACAAUCAUCGUCAUCAUCAUCUCUGUCUUCAGAUUUGGCUACAGAUAUUUCUGAUGUUCUCACAGAUGGAUCAUGAUUUGAAUUAAUCCUGUAUUAUCUUGUAGCUUCAAGAUUUUGAAUGAUGUGAUUGUUUACGUCUAGAAUGACAUUGCUGGGUAGGUGUGAGAGGCCAGUUCUGGCCAUUCUGAACUUAAAACAGGUGAAAUAUCCGGAGCCAGUUUAGAUGCUAAUGGUUUGACUGCUGUUUUGACUUUCAUUUUGCAGCAGAAAUUUUAAACAA